GUCAAACAUUUGGGGACGUCCCAAGUUGCAUGGCAGGCUGUGUGAGGCUGUACAGCUCUGUACGCAUGAGCUUCAAGCUGAUGAUGCGUCUUAUGAUGUAUUAGUAGUAGUAUAUAUGACUAGCAAUGCUACUCACUCCGUCGUAGUACAACCCCCAUCAUUUUCAAGUUCGCCAUGGCUUUCAUCCAGCUGGAUACUGCUUUCCUCGUAUCAUCAGCGCUGGUAGGCAUUUUAUAUGGCUUUUCAGUCCUUAUGUUCAUAGGUACCAUAUGGACAUUCACCUACAAACGUCGCACGCGGAGCGUCAAUCACCCAAUGGCUGCGGUUGCCACCCUGUUAUUCUUACUGAGUACCGCGGACAUGGUCCUAGUUAUCACUGAAGUAGAAGAUGGACUAGUGAAAUAUCGUGAUACGUUCCCAGGCGGGCCAGAAGCAUUCUUCGAAGACUUUCUACAAGGAACGUUCAUAGCCAAGAAUGUGAUAUACACUUUGCAAACUCUUCUUGGCGAUGGGGUAGUGAUUUAUCGAUGUUACGUCCUUUGGCAAUCUGUCUGGGUUAUCAUCCUACCCUGCAUGCUGUGGUGCGGUAUUGCAGCCUUUGGUAUUUGUUGGGUCUACGUACCGAGGAGUGGCUCCCUACCAGGCCUAUUCAAUGAGACUAUCUUUGCUAGCGAGCUUGGGAUUUGGAUCACGGCAUUCUUUGCCUUCACCCUCACAAGUUAUUUGUUCAGUUCAGGACUAGUGGUAUAUCACAUUUGGGCGAUCGAACGCAAGGUUUCUGCAGUUCGUGUUACGAAGCGCAAAAUGCCUAUAUUGCGGGUGCUUGUGGAUGCCACUAUCUUGUACUCCGCGGCGCUCUGCCCUUUUAUCAUAAUAUUCUACGCCCACUCGUAUGCUGUGUUUUUUGUUAUGGGAGACAUGCUCGUUCAGAUCAUCUCGAUUGUCUUCUACAUGGUGUUUAUUCGCAUCGCAAUCAGUAAACACGCCCAGGAUGGAGAGAUCAGCGCAGAACAAAGAACCACGUUGCAAUUUCGUAUACAAUCUUCGCAGAAUGAUAUGCCCUCCUGGCCAACAGCCCAAAAUAGCGAUAUAUACACCGCUAGCGCUAUUGUCAUCAAACCUGUGGUCACCUCACUCUGAGUUCAGGAAGCACGAACACGCUGAUUUACUUUACCCUGCAGUGCGGUUAUGAAGGUCUGAUGGUUGUGCAGAAAAUUUGCGAUUACUAGCUAUGACCACCAUGAAUUUUUUUUUGUGUAAGCCCACUGACUGUGACUGCCAGACAUAUAUUGCCCGUACAAAACAUUUUAAAUCAAUGUAUUGGAAGCUUGGCCCUCGCAUCUGCAGCACACUAGCACAUGACGAAUAGAAACCACACUAUCAUAAUUCUAAACAAUACAGCGCGAUAUAUACAACGCAUAAUGUCUACCCAAAGUCAAUAACCAAG